CCAAGGAGAGGAAAGGAAUUAGCCAGCGAACGGUCCUACUUCUUACAACACGACCUUAGAAAAUACAUUGGAAGCUGAGAAAUCGUUUAUGAAACUAUUUCGUCCAGACAUAACGCAGUUUAGUGAUUUCCAUGUCUAGACAGCAUGCAGUAAUAAGCGAUACACAUUAACUCCCGGUUGUUGUUGGACACACGAGAAGAGAAGGAAGGCAGCGGUCUACACUGAACUGUAUAAACGGCAAUAAACUCAGCGGUCACAGUCAUGGCAGAGAAAAUCGACAAUUUCCCGCCUCUGCCUGGGUUCAUUCCCUUGAAGCCGUGCUUCUACCAAGACUUCAACGAGAUUCCUGAGCAGCACCGCAGCAUGGCCAAGCGCCUGUAUCACCUCUGGAUGUUGAACAGCAUCACUCUGGCAAUGAAUCUGAUUGGCUGCCUGGCAUGGAUGUGUGGCGGAGGAGGAGCUGUCAAUUUCGGAAUGGCUAUUCUGUGGCUCAUCCUCUUCACUCCCUGCUCCUAUGUGUGCUGGUUUAGGCCUAUUUACAAAGCCUUCAAGUCAGACAGUUCCUUUAAUUUCAUGGCCUUUUUCUUCGUUUUCAUGGCUCAGACGGUAAUCAGCGUCAUCCAGGCUGUUGGUAUCCCAGGCUGGGGGGUCUGCGGAUGGAUAGCGACGAUCUCGUUUUUCGGCACUAAUGCUGUCUCUGCAGUGUUCAUGUUGAUCCCAACUAUAAUGUUCACAGCUGUUGCUGUCAUCUCCUUUAUAGCUCUCACUAAGGUGCACAACUUCUACCGCGGCUCCGGGGGCAGCAUGAGCAAGGCCCAGGAUGAGUGGGCCACGGGGGCCUGGAAGAACCCUCAGGUGCAGCAGGCAGCACAGAAUGCAGCCAUGGGUGUAACACAGGGGGCCAUGGUACCACCACCUGGGGAGGCACAAUACUCCUCCACCCCCAACUACUCCUACGAGAACCAGAUGUAGGCUCUGUAGAGGGAGGGAGGGGUGAGAAAGCACAGCACAGGGCAAGCAGACAGAGUCCAGAACCUACCCACAACCAACAAUUUAAUUUCCUAGCACGCUACCUGUUGGGAGAGGGCUGGCCGGAGCAGCAGCUUCUCACCCGCGCCUUUUCCUGGUUUAGGCUUGUAUCAGUAUCCCAGGUGCGUGGGGGGGUGGGGGGGGUGCUGUCCACCAAGGGGUACUGUCACAGACACCAUGCCUGUGUUCAGCAGUUCCAGCACAGUGCCGGUUUUCGUACUCCUGUAUUGCAAAGUGUCUGGCUUCAUAACCACACUGGAUAUAACAGACCAGUAUAACAUGAACCUGAAUCGUGUACAACAUGGCCUUUCAGUUACAGGAACUAAAAGCUCUUAAAAGAUAACGUGCCUGUAAAAGGAAAUUCUGGCCAGCAGUUUCUAGAAUUCAAUUCAAUAUGUCAACAUGCUUCCAUGUAUUGUGCAGUAUCUGCUUUAUUAUUUGCUGGUUUUUGAUAGGUUCGGAUCUUUGUCUCCCAGCUCGCAGUUUGUCCUGCUGUUUUGAAUGCUCUGAUUGGAAACCCAUACAGGAAUUAUUGUUUGAUUUUAUUUAUUUUGUUUACUUUUUGAUAUUUAAAUUUUCAAAUCAAAUCCUCUCCAGGUUGUGAUGUGCAGUAGUGAGUGCAGCUGUAGGACCAUGUCCUGCCGGGGCUGAGUUUAUGUUCUUGUGUGUGGUGUUUGUGAAAACUGGGCUUGUCCUUUUUUAAUUCUGUUAUUAUGAUGUAUGUAAACAAAACUAUUAUGUAAUAGUAAGAUGUGAUAUAAACAUGUAGAUGUAUAAAAAGAGUGCAAGUUUAUUCCUGUCCUGGAAAAGGAAUCUUCUGCCCUUUUAAUGAGAAUUAGAGGCAGCUUUUUCAUUUAAUUUUAAUCCUCAGGAAAAAUUGUAUUUUACUCUGUGAACUGGCUAUAACAAGUAAGCCACUGGGGGGGGCGCUAAAACACAAAACAUUCACCACUUUUAUUAAUCUGUGUUAAAGAUGUUACACUUUGAGUUUAAGGCAUUUACUUUUUAAAUAAUGAUUAACAUAUAAAUUGCAGUAGCACACCAAACUAAUCUGUUAUAUACAGUAGACUUGUAAACUCUAAACUCUGUUUGGUGAAGAUAUCUACAUUUCCAGUAUGUUAAAAACAAUCAGGAAUUAUGUAAAAAAAAAAACAAACAAAAAAAAAAACAAAAAAAAAAACAGUAUAGCUCUCAGUCAUUUUGAGUUUGGUGAUGGUGAGAUCUUUGUUCAUAUAGGUGGCAAACUAAAUGUUGCUGUAAAUGUAAUAUUUAUUUUACCUUUCUAUUGUUUUUCAAUGUAUAGUCAGCAGUAUCCCCCUAGAAAUGUGGAGUAUGGUUGAUCCCUUGGGUAGGUCAGAAGUGGAGCGGUUAGAUAAUUGUUCCAUGAUGUCAUUCCCCUUCUGUACUGAGUUGUAUCCAUUACCAGGAGGCCCUCUGGUGGACAAACUCAAAAAUUGCACACGGCUAUGUAUAUACUGUAGU